AUGGUAUUCGUGGUCCAGGCAUUGGAAACCAUUGGCUCGUCAAAGGACUCUAGGAAGCGCAAGCAGCUGUCGGAUGCUGUGCAGAAGGCUGUCGAUGCCAUCAGGGAGACUGCUCCAGAGCCUCCAACCGAUCCCAAUGUUGUUUUCGAGCCGCUGCGACUGGCCUGCAAAACUGGAAACUCCCAACUGGCCACCACCGCGUUGGAUUGCAUUGGGAAGCUCAUCAGCUAUUCCUACUUCUCGGUCAUUCCGCUUCAUCCGGAGGACACCAAGGAGCAAGAGCCACAGCCGUUGAUUGAGAGAGCUAUCGAAACUAUCUGCGAAUGCUUCCAGGGAGACAGUUGUCCGGAUAUGGUUCAGCUACAGAUCGUCAAAGCACUUUUGGCGGCGGUGCUAAAUGAUAAGGUCGUGGUUCACGGUGCCGGACUGUUGAAGGCCAUCCGACAGACAUAUAACAUAUUUCUACUUUCUCGGAACAGCGCCAAUCAACAGACCGCGCAGGGGACGUUGACUCAGAUGGUGCAUACGGUCUUCGAGCGCGUCAAGACCCGGCUGGCAGCAAAGGAAGACUAUCUCGGCAAAAUGAAGAAUGAGAGUACUUCAGCGUUGAGCGUUCAUAUACCUCCUACGGAUAACAGCUCUCUCAGCUCUAAGGAGGAGCCUGCGGCUGCCCUGCCCAUUCCGGACGUUGGACACGAGCGUAUCACUCUACAGAGUUUCGAAAACCGCAAGAGUUUUGACGACGAAAGAAUCACGGACGCGGCCCCCACUACCGUGAACCGUGCCCCUCGGAAAUCGCAUCCCCGGCCAUCUUCAGACGGUGCAUCAGAAUCGGCAGAGAGCACUCAAGAAGAUGAGGACGAGGUGUAUAUCAAGGACGCUUUCCUGGUAUUCCGAGCUAUGUGUAAACUUUCAAUCAAGACCCUUCCGGCGGAGCAGAUUGCGGAUUUGAAGUCGCAUGGCAUGAGGAGUAAACUGUUGAGCUUGCACUUGAUUCAUGUGAUUAUGCUGAACCAUAUGGAUGUUUUCGUAUCCCCUCAAUCCACGAUCAAGAGUUCGAGCGGCGGUGAGCCAACGGGCUUUAUACACGCCGUAAAGCAAUAUCUUUGCCUGGCUCUUAGCAGGAACGCAGCUAGUGCAGUGGGCCAUGUUUUCGACGUCUGUUGUGAGAUAUUCUGGCUUAUUCUGAGCAACAUGCGAGUGAUGCUGAAGAAGGAGAUCGAGGUCUUUUUGAAGGAGAUCUACCUCACCAUAUUGGAGAACCGUCACUCGAGCGUACAGCAGAAGACAUAUCUCCUGAACGUGCUGGAGAGGCUUUGCUCGGACCCCAGAGCGUUGGUGGAAAUUUACCUCAAUUACGACUGCGAUGGCUCUGCUCUGGAUAAUAUGUUUCAAAGCAGGAUCAUCGAGCACCUUGCGAGAAUUGCGACCAGCCACGUCCCAAUCACAGACGUACAACUCAAUCACUAUGUCGAGCAGAUGCAAAAGGCAAAAGCUACUACCCACCGAGGGCCAUCGGGUCUGCCCCCAUCGCUUUCCACGGCUUCCAUUGGCGCUCCAGUCGUGCCAACCGAGCCCACAUUCCCCCCCGAGUUCCCGCUCAAGAAGCAGUCCCUUGACUGUUUGGUCAAUGUGCUACAAUCGAUGGUGGAUUGGUCACAAAAGGCACUGGUAGACUCCCUGCAACACUCAGUAGAUAUGGAGGACGGCGGCCGGGAAUCAUUAGAAGCACACUCGACUCCACGGAUGUCGGCGGUGGUGACACCUAUCGCGACUACGCCCCACGCGGAGUUUUCUGGCGACCUCAAUGGUUCUUUCGAUGACCCCAACCAACUCGAGAAGGCAAAACAACGAAAGACCGCCUUGAUGGAAGCCAUUCGGUUGUUCAACUUCAAGCCGAAGCGUGGAAUCAAAGCCUUUGUCGAUAACGGUUUCAUCAAAAGUUCUUCACCAGAAGACAUUGCCGAGUUCCUCCUUCGAGGACCAGCCGGGCUCGAUAAGGCAAUGAUUGGGGAGUAUCUCGGCGAGGGCCAACCACACAACAUCGCUGCGAUGCAUUCGUUCGUUGAUCUUAUGGAUUUCACACGGAUGCGAUUUGUUGAUGCUCUCCGACGCUUUCUACAGAGCUUCAGGCUGCCCGGAGAGGCCCAGAAGAUUGAUCGUUUUAUGUUGAAGUUCGCAGAACGAUACAUCUCUGGAAACCCUAAUGCCUACGCGAAUGCUGAUACAGCAUACGUUUUAGCGUACUCCGUUAUCAUGCUUAAUACCGAUCAGCACAGCAUCAAGCUGAAGGGUAAGGGGCGAAUGACAAAGGAGGACUUCAUCAAGAACAACCGCGGUAUCAACGACAAUGCCGACUUGCCGGACGAAUAUCUUGGGAGCAUCUAUGAUGAAAUCCGGACAAACGAGAUCAUUUUGGAGGGGGAGAGAGAUGCCUCAAAGAUAGACCUGACACAGCACCCGUCUGGGGGUAUUGUGGAGGGAAUCGGAAGGGUCAUUUACAACGCCGGCCGAGACUUGGAGAGAGAAGCGUAUGUGAUCGCGAGUAAUGAGAUGGCCAUCAAGACCGAGCAAUUGUUCAAGAGUCUUCUUAAAGCUCAGCGGCGAGGAGCCUCCCAGCCAGCUCUGCCUAGGUACAUCUCUGCCUCAUCUUCCAGGCAUGUUGGGCCUAUGUUCGAAGUUACCUGGAUGUCUUUCCUCUCCGCGCUCUCCGGCGCCGCUCAAGAGUCGAACGAUGUCGCAACGAUCCGGCAAUGCAUGGAAGGAUUUAGGCUAGCUAUCAGGAUCGCAUGUUUCUUUGAGCUGGAGACCUGUAGGAUCGCCUUCGUUUCUGCAUUGGCCAAGUUCACACAUCUCAACAAUCUCAGCGAAAUGAAGGCCAAGAACGUAGAGGCACUCAAGGCCCUUCUCGAUGUCGCACAGACGGAGGGGAACAUGUUGAAGUCCUCUUGGCGAGACGUGUUGACCUGCAUCAGCCAGCUUGAGAGGUUCCAGCUGAUCAGUGGAGGUGUCGACGAGGGGGCAUUGCCGGAUGUGACACAGGGCCGGAUCGUCUAUUCCGAUGAUGCCAGCUCCAGGCCUCGACCGUCGAUUUCCUCACAGCGACCGGCGUCCGUACGGUCUCGGGGUAGAGCACAGAGUCACUACACUGCUUAUGCAGCGGAGGUCGCCGAAGAGUCACGAUCCCAAGAGGUGGUCAAUGCCGUUGACCGCAUAUUCUUCAAUACGAGUAAACUCGAUGGAACCGCUAUAGUGAGCUUCGUGGAGGCCCUGAGCGAGGUUUCGUGGCAGGAGAUCCAGAGUUCCGGACAGAGUGAGCAUCCAAGAAUGUUCAGUCUGCAGAAGCUUGUGGAGAUCAGUUACCACAACAUGGGCCGUAUUAGAGUGGAAUGGAGCAGCAUUUGGGCUAUUCUGGGCGAACAUUUCAAUCAGGUUGGAUGUCAUCCGAAUACUCAUAUUGUGUUCUUUGCGUUGGAUUCCCUGAGGCAACUUUCGAUGCAGUUCCUGGAAAAGCCCGAAUUACCGCACUUCAAGUUUCAAAAGGAUUUCUUACGGCCAUUCGAGCAUGUCAUGACUAAUUCCACCGUUGUUCCCGUCAAAGACAUGGUCCUGAGCUGCCUGCACCAGAUGCUACAAGCAAGAGGAGACAAUAUUCGAUCCGGCUGGGGGACAAUGUUCGGCGUCUUCACCACUGCAGCCAAGGAAACCUACCCUUCGAUUGUGAACCAGGCCUUCGACAGCGUUAAGAAGAUCUAUCGUGACCGGUUCGGUGUGAUUGUUCAGCAAGGGACAUUCCCGGACAUGAUCAUAUGCUUGACGCAGUUCGCAAAGAAUCAGCGGUUCCAAAAGAUCUCGCUGCAAGCUAUCGAGACACUGAAGGGGACGGUCCCUGUCAUGUUGGCUUGUCCCGAGUGUCCGCUAUCACAGGCAGAACCUGAUUCGGCCCCGGCUCGGACAGUUAAUGAUGAUCCCAUGGUGAAGUUUUGGUUCCCGGUUCUGUUUGCAUUCCAUGAUAUUCUCAUGACUGGGGAAGACCUGGAGGCUCGUACAAGGGCUCUGGGCUAUCUCUUCGAUACUUUAGUGCGACAUGGGGGCGAUUUCCCCUCGGAUUUCUGGGACACCGUUUGCCACGAGCUCCUGUUUCCAAUCUUCUUGGUCCUGAAGUCGCGAUCAGAGAUGGUGCAGUUCAAUUCGCAGGAACAGGUCGGUCUGUGGUUAUCGACCACGAUGAUUCAAGCUCUUCGGAACCUCAUCGCUCUCCUCACGCAUUUCUUUGAGCUGCUCGAACGUAUGCUUGAGGAUUUCCUGGAACUUCUUGUCACCUGCAUCUGCCAAGAGAAUGACACCAUAGCCCGGAUCGGUUCCUCCUGUCUGCAACAGUUGAUCUUGCAGUGUGUACACAAGCUGAAGCCUGAACAUUGGAGUAAGAUUGUGACGGCAUUCGUGCAGCUGUUUGAGACCACUACUGCCAACCAACUCUUUUCUGCUAUACCUACGGGUAGCAGGUCGGCGAGCGGGGGCGCUGGUGUUUCGCCGUCGGGCGGCCCCGUAAUCGGCAGUAUCACCGAGACCAUGGCUGACGAGGACGAGGAGGACAACUCCUUGGCAAUUGGCGGACUUUCAUCCGGGAAUGCGGAUGAAGAGGACGAGGGGCUCCACGAGGGUGAAGAAGCAAUGCGAAGCCCCGUUACGGCCGAGCUAGAAGACUACAAGCCGCAACAACUACCGCAGCAGCCAGUCGUAACGGCGGCCAGGCGCCGUUUCUUCAACAAGAUCAUCACGAAAUGUGUGUUGCAACUCCUCAUGAUCGAGACGGUGUCGGAGCUUUUCCAGAACGAUCAGGUUUACAAUGAGAUUCCGUCUGCGGAGUUGUUGAGGCUCAUGGCGCUGCUGAAGAAGAGUUUCUCUUUUGCAAGGAAGUUCAAUAGUGAUAAGGAGCUGAGGAUGAAGCUGUGGAGAGAGGGCUUCAUGAGGCAGCCACCCAAUCUGCUCAAGCAAGAGAGUGGCAGUGCUUCCACGUACGUCAGCAUCUUAUUGCGUAUGUACCACGAUGAGAAACCGGAGCGGAGACAGAGCAAGGCUGCUAUCGAAGAUGCGUUGAUUCCGCUAUGUGUCGACAUCAUCCGCGGCUUCGUAGUCCUCGACGAAGAGACACAGCAGCGCAACAUCCUCGCCUGGCGUCCUGUGGUGGUUGAUGUUCUGGACGGCUACAUCAACUUCCCUGAAGCGGACUUCAGCCGGCACGUUGAGACCUUCUAUCCCCUAGCCGUAGAACUUCUUUGUCGCGAGCUCGGCCCAGACACCCGGAUCGCUCUACAGAACCUUCUCCGACGAAUCGGUGAGGUCCGCGGGCUCGGUGUGAUGGCGCGUGGGCGCGGCGCCAGACGUGGUAGUGAGCUUUCCAUGCGUAAUGGUGGUGCUAGGCUGAGCAGGCUUUCGCAUGCUCAGGGUUAG